AAAUUAAUAGAAUCUUGUGCAAAAUACUAUUUAAUGGAUAAGGUCACAACUCUUCUGCAUAUUCAUAAAAAUUAAUGAAAUCUUUUGCAAAAUACUUCUUAUAUAUCUUACCAGACUAACAAUCAGUCCUUGUCUCAAACAUACCCAGGAAGCAUGUUUUAGUACAUGAGAUGAUCUAUUCACCUCUGAAAAUGCUAAAUCCAGAGAACUCAUCCCAUUUCCAGGUGGCAUUUGUUCCUCACCUAUGGGGAAGGACGACGCAAGGUCAACCAGGCUCCCUACAUUUAGGCAGAACCUUCAAAAAAUAAGCACAUUCAAAGAACUGCAAUCUGUUUCAUCCUUAUCCUUUUCCACGUCAAGCCUAGGCUUUGAUUGUUCAACUAUUAAACAAAAGCGAAUACACGCGAGAUAAUGUUGAAUUGUGGACCAUGGACGCCGAUGAGACCCACCAGCCGCUAGAGCCGUCGUCUCUGCCGCCGCCGCCGCGCGCCGCCGUCCGGUCCCGGCCGUCGAGCUGGAGCAGCAGCGGGAGCAGCGGCGGCGUCGAGUACACGAGCCUCAGGGACGUGCUCGCCGAGACCGGUCCCGGGAGCUGCGGCGGCGGCGGCAGCUUCGGGGACGUGGCCGGCCUCGCCGCGAUCGACUUCGACGCGUCCAACAUCAACAUCCGCAACCAGCUGCUGAAGCACGCCGCGUCGGCGUACCUCCAGUCGGCGAUCGUCGUCCCGCCGCGGGACCGCGGGUGCCUCAGCAGGCUGUGGAGGAGGCUGCUGCACCGCGGGCGGUGCCGCUUCCUCCUGCGGCCGUGGCCGGAAUGCUGCGACGACGCCGGGGACCCAGCGUGCCUGUGCGCCGCGUUCGUUGCUGGCUCGGCGCGCCGGCUCGUCGCCUUCCUGUCCGGCUGCGUCGCUCGCAUGUGGACGUAGAAACACGCGUCACCGACUCGCCAUCGAUCGAUUAGAGGUGAGGUGAAUGCUAGAUUUGUAAUACUGGAAACAUACAAUACGAUUAAACAGAUGGAUUGACGGCGGAGGCCAAAGGGAAGGAGAAGGGUGAGAUGUUCUACAUCCCACCAGGUGAAACGGAAGAUUAUUACGGUCCACAAGACGUGACGUCGUUGAUCAUUGAAAAUGACUGAUUAACAUCGCGAAGAAAAUAUAGGGAUUUUUUUUUUGUUUUUGCUCUUUGUACUCUUAUUAGAUUGUACCUACCGAUUGUUCUCACGUGCAAGAAGGCAUGUACUCGUGUAGAAUGUACUACUUCUGUCUUAAAAGGAUAAUAUGCAAUUCAUGCCUGAUCAAA